AUGGCCAACCUAGGCAGCCAGAUCAUGGGCGCCGCCUCCUGCCUCUUCCUGUAUUUCCUCGUCGUCAUCGUCUUCUACAAGCCUUCUUCGCCUCCUUCACGACCCCUCGAGAAGUCCGUUGACAGUGAAAAACUAGAGGAACAUCUUAUAUCGGUGGCUCGCCAGGGCGGCAUCGCUGCGGCGUGGCAAGUGGGCCAGGCGUCGGGAGUGGCACUGUCGAAGGAAGACCCAAGCAAAGGCUCCUCACUCCCGGGCCAACAGUGCCAGGCCAUGUUCACUGUAGAGAAGGACGGGGAGAUUUGGCCGGAUGAUGGCCCUUACGCAGAGCUGAGCGACCAGCUGCCAUCUCUCCUGAUCAGCUGGGCGCGCGAGAACAGCAGCGCGACAGCCUCUGUUUAUCCCUCGACGCGCCUCAGUUUUCUCAAUGGUUCUGUCCCCUACGUCCCUUGCAAGGUAACCCGCGAGUUGUUCCUGGCGUCCGUCGCUCACCACCGCCACCGCCCUCUGACCUUCGAUAUCUUAGGGCGCCGGAGGGAUACGUUAAAUCACACGACAGACAGACAAGAAGAUCCUACAACGCCUCACAAUCCCUCACCUUUCUUGGCUCCGGACGAGGAUAUCUUCCGUUCCUUUGAAGAACCUUACGAUCACUUGGCUUUCAACACUACCUUGUUCCCCCUCCACGAUUCGGACGUCCCCCUCGAGUCGUAUGAGCUGAGGGUGACCUUGGUGUGGGCUCCGCUGGCGUCGGCUGUUCCGUCUCCCUUGGCAACGGAGAGGAUGAAAGUCGACAAGUUAAAGGCGUGGGAGAAACAGGAGGUUAUUCCCGAUGUUAUUGUUGUGGGAUUCGGAACGUGGAUGAUGCUGAUGAAAAAGAUGAAAGAUGAACUGGUCCCUUAUACUGAGGCCGAGUACCUGGUUCGUCCCAUUGUGGCCCAGCUGACUCACCUGGCCGCGAGAACACCUGUCCUUUGGUGGCAUCAGAGUCGGUACCGUUGGUUCAACUUCGAGAACGAUAUUGCUGGGGAAGAAAAGGAAGUCGUUUUGUGGCAGAAGAAUAUUGACAUCAAUCAGUUCAGUGACGGAAUUCCCUUCAUGGACGCUUGGCUCUGGCUGACUUCACUGAGAGGCACCGGCAUGUGGCAGUGGGACUCGACAGUGCCAUUCAACCUCGCCAACCACCGAGAGUGCCUCCGCCUAAGAUCCUCGGGGCUGGCCGAAGAAAAUAUAUACUAUGGAAAAUGGUGGAAUUGCCAAGAUGUCCAUCACUCAUCUUACGAGACAAACGUUGACGAGAUACAGAUGCUGCUAAAUCUCUUGUGCAAUCCUUAUCUCGCUCCCGACAGCCAAUACUGCUGCUCUAGUGUACAGUAGGGAAUGAUGACUUGGCAGUUUUAUCAUUGUUUUGUUUUGUUUUGCUUUGUUGUUGUUGUGGGAUGAAUGAAUGUUUGUUUUGUUGUUGUGGGAUGAAUGAAUGUUUGUUUUGU